AUGAACCCCUCUGUUGUGGCUGCCCACAAGAGGAUUGGACUUCUCCAAAGUUCAACAAGUGGCAAGGGAAAGCCAUGGAAAGAUGCAAAAGUCCAUGGACAAGAUGGUGAGCAAGAUCAAGAGUUUGGAGAAGAAGGUUUCUGGUUCUUCAUCCAAGAAGAAGAAGGCAACCAUGGCCCCACUUCCCUAGGAGUAGAUCACUCCUCACCACCCAAGGAGGCUCCCUGCCCAAGAGCCUCACAGAGCCUCUUCAUUCGAGCCAAGGGAGGAGAAGACAACUCACAGAGAAGGAGGAAGAGCUCUAAGGCCAGACGCUCCAACUCGACCACCGGACUCGAUCGAGUCCAAACAGAGGAAACUCAACUCGGUCGAGCUGAGGGUCGAGUUGACCUGGAGGAGCCCCUGUUUGAGAACCCUGGAUUCGAGUACGAUCCAACGCCCUACCAAGGACUUCUCUCAGACCUGGACCCUACAACCGUUCGAGCAAGCAUGCUCCACCAAGGCCAAGGGAGCCACACACACUUCGAUGAAGAAGAGGAAGAAGAGGAGCCGCAAGCUCGAUCGAGUGACGAACCCGUCGAGUGGAGUGCUCCUGAUGGCCGUCUCCUCUCCAGACCACGACCUUGCCUCCCAGUUCUUUGGGGGGCACUGAGGCUAAGUUUGGGGGUGCCAACUCGAGCUCGAUCGAGUUGGGUGUCAAAAACCAGAAAAGUGGUCUUUUGGAGCAUUCUGGAGCAUAUGGGACAUGAGGAGCAUGGAGGGACUUGGCACAUGGAAGCAGCUCAACUGGACACGCAAAGGAAGAAGGGAGAAGCCAUCUUGAAGACCAGCUCGACCAUCUACUCGACCAACCGGUCGAGUUCCUCAACUCGACCGGCCAAGCUUCAACUCGAUCGAGCUGAGAAGUCAAAGUCAAACCCGAAAAAUGUUGCUUCCCCCUUGACUUUCCUUUGA